GUUUUGUCCGCCAAAUCGACAAGAAGCAUCUCUGUCGACGUAGUCCGGCGGGCAGCCGCACAUGCACGCGCGUGUACACCCAGUCCAGUGACUCCUUCGCUCCACCGACGACCAUCCGUGACAAGUUUCCUACAGCUGCAGAGUGUCUCCCCCAUGGGCUCAUUGUCCACGAGACAGGAUCAUGUUAACCCGGGGGUGCUAGCCCAUGGCAGCUCGUGACGACGGCGCUCCCCUCUUAUAUGUGGCUCCCCGUCUCUGAUUUCGCGUCUCACUCCGAGCGUGCCCUCAAGCCCCCCGGCAUCUCCUUCCAAGUCGCCGGCGACGCUCCGGAGCUCCAUCCGGCGUGCCGCCGGUGAGCCCGAGCGGCAACGUCGCCCUCCCGAGCACGCUCGGCUCAGUCCCAACCGGCGCUCCUUCCCCGCCAUGGACGGACACCCCAAGCUGUCCGGCGAGACCCUGAUUGUGCACCACAUCCCCCUGGUGCACUGCCAGGUGUCGGGACGGCGGCAGGGGCUCUGCGGCGUUGGGGGGGGCAACCCGUUUAGCCCCCCGGAGAACUUGGGCCUGAGUCGCACCACCUCGCUCCCGGAGAGGGACAUCCUCCAGAGGGAGGGGCUGCUCUACAGCAGCCUGGUGCAGAGCCGCGCCCGCGACGGGGGUCCCCGGAGGAAGGGCGGCGGUGGCGGCAGCACGGCCAGCGACGACUCCUCUUUCGCCUCCAGCAUCUCCGACGAGCAACCGAUGGCGGCUCACACGUUGCCCCGAGUCAAAACCAGGAGCCGCCACCCUCUACGUCGGAACCCGUUUCUGAUCAAGACCGACGACGACGACGACGAGUACGAGGACGACGAGUACGACGACGACCUGAGCGGAUACCGCGAGGACUCCUCCUUCCACCUCCACGGCCGCACCGACGGCGCCGCGCCGCCCUUGCGCCCGCGCGACCUCGAUCGGAACCGCGCGACCCGAGAUCCGGACCCGCCGCGGCGGCUCGGCAGCGGCGGCUCCAACAUGUCGGUGGACGGCGGCGAGCACGAUUGGGAGGACGACGAAGACGGAGAUCACCCCAUGCCGUGCGGGCGGGGCGGCGAGACGGGCCGCGACUCCUCCGGCUUCUCGACGCGGCCCUGCUCCUGCUGCGCCCCGACCCGGAGCCUGUGCCGGGACCUGCCCCGGGACCUCCCCGACGCCUUCCCCGAGUGCCCGCGGGGCUACAGCAGCGACUCGUCGUGCAACAGUUCGGACGGCGUGCUGGUCAACUUCAGCGCCAUUUACGACAAGAUGAACGACGGCGUCCCCGAGAAGGCGGGCAAUCUGAACGGCCCCGCCGAGCGGCCCCCGCCGGAUGACCGACAGGACCCAACGAGCGGCGCCUUCUACUUGGACCUCCUCACGUCGCCGGCCGAGCCUCCGCCGUCCGCCUUCUCCGCUUGCUCCUGCUCGGCCGAGCACCGGGCCGGCCCGCAGCUGGACGCCAACUGCAACUCUUACUGCGCGCCGCCCUGCGGGUCGGCGGGGGGGGCCGUCUCUUGCCUGCAGAGUCAAGCCCGCCUGGUGGUGGCCACUCAGAAUUACUACAAGCUGGUCACCUGCGACCUGUGGUCUCAGUCCUCGCCCAGCCCCGCCGGCUCGUCGGUCCACAGCGGCUCCGAGGAGCAGAGCGGGGCGAGCCCCCCCAGCCCCACGCGGCCCAGCGAGUACUUCCUGUUCCGGCAGAGGGACAACCAGGAAGUGGAAGAUGAAGAGGAGGACGAAAAGACCGUGACGCCGCCCGGAAACAUCCGCACGAAAGAUGAUGAUGAUGAGGAUGCUGAGGAUGAAGAGGAGGAGGCGCUGGAGGAGCCAGACGCUCCCCCCGUCCUGCUCCAAGGCCAAGUGUACGUCAACGCCUCGCCCCCGCCGAUCGAGCGGGACGCCCCGGAGGCCCCCGCCCCCGGCCGUCCGCGCUCUCGCAGCUACGACCGCCACCUGGACAAGUCGCCGGCGCGGCGCCUGGGCUCUCUGGAGCGCAUGCUGAGCUGCCCGGUGCGCCUCAGCGAAGGGGGCGGAGCCCUGGCCCCUCCGCCGCCGCCGCCCCCGCCCCGCGUCACCUCCUUCGCCGAGAUUGCCCGCAGCAAGCGGCGGCACGGCGGCUCGCCGUCCCUCAAGGCGGAUCCCUUUUCCUCCACCGAGUUCUCGCCCGGGCGGGAGGGUGCGGUGGCCGGGGCCCCCCAUGCGGCCUGUUGCGCCCGAGACGCCGCCAGUGAGGCCAACGCUGAAGGCGGCCCCUCGAGCUGCUCUGACGUCCCUCCGGCCGUGAUGCGCUACAGCAAAGAGCGGCGCCCCACCUCCCUCCCCAUCCAGCCCUUCACCUUCCACCACCAGCUGGCCUCCAAGCCCCCCCAGCCCAAGCCUCCGCAGCCCCUGCUGACCGGCUACGUGCCCGGCAUGCGGGUCGGCUCCGGCUCCGGCUCCGGCUCCGGCUCCGGCGGCGCUGACGAUGACGAGGACGCCGCUGAGAACGAGCAGCAUCGGGGGGGCCUAACCAGAUGCGCAGCUCCCCCCGGGCCCGUCCGGCCGUCGCCCCUCGGGAGUUACUCGCCGCCGCGCCUUCAGGAGGGAGCCGCCAGCUCCGGGACCUGCUCCACGUGCAGUCCGACUCCGCCCCCCGAGCUCUCCCGCCGCCCGCACAGGGGGCCGCCGCCCCGCACCCCUCCCCCCGCCGGCCUGGCCGCCAAGAGGGGAGCGGUGCCCCCCACCCUGCCGCCCAUGCACCGGGACACUCUCAGCCCCCUGGGCUGCCCGGAGGCCGAGAGCGUCGCGGAUGGAAGCAAAGCUGUCCGGAUGCACAACGCACACCGCCUUUCCCCCCAGGCAUUGAAGUGGCGAGAAUACCGACGUCAGAACCCUCUCGGCGGCGAGAGAGCGCCUAGCGUCUCCUCCUCGGAUUGGCGGCGUCCUCCCCGACGCAACGUCUUCAAUUUCCCUCCCCGCGGCCAGCCGACGGGACGCCAUCAUGUCAAGCAGCCGCCGCAAAGUUACGGCGACUUCCUGCCGGAUUACUUCUCUGUGAGCGAGAGGCCGCCGGAGGAGUUUUGCCUUUCGCCGGACGCCUCCGCUGCUUCGUCCUUCUCGUCCCAGUUGCAGAUCUCCGUCGAUAUGACGCACAAGAGAGGUUUGGUGAAGGCGGUCAACACGGCCGUCGACCUGAUCGUGGCUCACUUUGGCACAAGUCGAGACCCCGACGUCAAAGCCAAGCUCGGCAACAGCUGGGUGAGCCCCAACGUGGGUCACCUGAUCCUCAAGUACUUGUGCCCGGCGCUGCGCGAGGUGCUGCAGGACGGCCUCAAGGCCUACGUGCUGGACCUGAUCAUCGGCCAGCGCCGCUGUCAUCCCUGGAGCCUGGCGGAGGCCUCGGCGCAGCUGGGCCCGUCCACGCGCGUCCUCCACAAACUGCUGAGGAAGGUGAGCCAGUUCUCGGAGCUGACGAGCCACAGCAUGAGACUCAACGCCUUCAUCUUCGGCCUUCUCAACAUCAAGUCGUUGGAGUUUUGGCUCAACCACCUCCUGAGCCACGAAGACAUCAUCGGCGCCCACUACAACGCCUGGGGCCUGGUCCCGCUGGCCCAGGGUGCGUGUCGGCAUCUGUUCAGCGAGCUCCUCCUGUUGCUGCAGCCCCUCUCGCUCCUCCCGUUUGACCUGGACCUCCUGUUCGAACCCCGACUCUUGGCCACGGGGCUGGAGCAGCAGAGGCGACGUAAGGAGCUGCUCUCCUCGGCGGGACAGUCCGGCGCCCGCUCCACCCUGCAGCUGAUGCGGGGCUGGGGCGCCGCCGUCGGCGACAUGGUCAGCGGGAAGGAGAGGGCGGCGCCCAGGCAAGGCGGCGCCUGGCCCGGGACGGAAGCCCCCAGAUGGGAAAGUGCCCCGAUGGGGGGCGAUAACGGGUCCGAGGACCGAGGCGCAGGUGGCCAGAGGAUGAAGGGGGUAGGGCGAGAAAGCGAGGAAACGGAUGUCGGGAACGACCCCGCAGCGACGGACGCGGGGCGGCAGCGUCAAGACCGCCAGGCCGGAUGGUGGUACCAGCUCAUGCGGUCCUCCCAAGUCUACAUCGACCGGUCCGCGCAGGGUUCCAAGUUUGCCAGGACGGACAAGCGCAGGACGUCGGCGGAGCGCCGCCCCUGCCGCCCGCCGCCCGCCCGGGAGGGCGUGGUGGAGGGCGCCGAGUCCGGAUCCGCGGGGCCGCCCUCCUGGAUGGGUAGCCCGCCCGAGUCCAUCCUCAACCAGGAGGCGAUAGCGGGCGGCGGACCGGCCGCCGAAGUCCGGCUGGAGAGCGCCACCCGGGACCGGGGGCUGCGCUGGGGGCGGCUCUUUGGAGCCGGCGUCGGCUCUCCCGCCAAGACGGACGGCGGGGAAGCUCACAAGAGCAGGCUGCCGUCGGGCUGGCUUGGCCUGGACUCAUCAGUUUUGGGCCUCAUGGCCCAGACCGUCGGUGCCGGAGGUGGGCAAAAGGAAGAGUCCGUGGCUGCCGACGACCCAACUGGGGCAGUCUCGCCCAACGACACCCGACCCAGUGAGACGAGACUCUCGACAUGCGAAGUGCGAGCGCUGUGCCACCACAUCGCCACGGAGGCGGGCCAGCUCAGCUUCAACAAGGGCGACGUCCUGCGAGUGCUGAGCAAGGCCGAUCCCGACUGGUUGCUCUGUUCUGUCGGCGCCGCUCGGGGCCUGGUGCCCAUCGUCUACGUCUCCCUCUGCGGCACGGGAGAGAGCCGGGCCGGCGGCGGCGGCCAAGAUGGGGCCGGCCGGGGCGUCGGCUCGAAUGAUAGCUGCGGCGCUGCUGGGAGUUCCAGCGGCGGUUAUGAAUGUUGAUCUCGGAAGUCCCUCCAGAGGAAAUAAGAAGCGGUCUCCAUUGACACACGUGAGCAUGCAAACAUCCGUAACCCAAAGACACCCGCACACCAACUGGACCCGUCAUCGUGCCCACCAAUAUUAUUAUUAUUAUUAUUAUUAAUAUGGUGAAUACAAAUACAUCAGGUAGUUACUUCCGUGUGUUUGUGAAAGUGGGAUGGGCCAUCAUGUGAUGUCACAGACUGAGGCUGCUAUACUCCGAUUCUCCACUAGAGGACAGCAAAGGAAUGGGCAUCAAAUGUGCGGUUGUCAAUUAAUCGUGUCUUCAAUCAUAAAAGUCAAAUGAAUAUGAAUGCUCAUGGCUCCAUCAAGGGAACGUAGUACUUCCUGUCACGUCACUGGAGUUAGCCCAAGUAGCUUAGCAUGCUACGCUAAAACCAUCCUGUGGCGGGCUGCGGCGGUAGUUGCUUGCUGACGAUUCCUCGAGUGUUUGAAUGUGUUUUGAUUUGUUUUUGUCAGCGAUAGUUAGCAUACAGGCUAAUAAAGGUUAGCGCUUUGGUGACAAAGUGCUCCGGAGGAACAGCUAACAUCAAAAUGAUGCAGAGGAAAGUUCAUAGUAUGUUAGCAACAUUAGCUUACCUGUUUGUGUUUACACUUGACUGAAGGAGCCGACGUUUGAAAAUUAAGAACGUAAACAAAAUGGGAUGCAUCAGCCAUCAUGAACGAGGGUAUUUGUACGCCUGUAAAAUGCUGGCACGUUACCAUGAAACAUUGCGCAGUUGAGCGUUUCACCUAGGAUCAGAUCAUUUAUGUAUCAACGUUAGAUUUUCUCCUGGAUUUCCACCUCUCGGCUCCCAACCGGUUGUCACAGGAACGUCUCAAAUUCAUUUUUAGCAAGCUAGCAUCCAAGAAAAACAGAAGGGAAUUUUGCACUGUUUGGACACUUUAUCGAGAAGGUUAGCUUAUUUGCUUGCUUUUCUUGUACAGUUGAAGCUAUUUAAUAAUGCCACCGGUAUUCAAGUGUAAAUAUGUUAUUAUCCAGGAAGCGUAAGAAGGCGACACUCGUCGGUGAUUGGUCGCUCUGUCUUGGCCCCGCCUACCCUGCCUGUAAAUACUGUAUCUUCAUCAUCUUCUUGUGUAUGUAUAAUGCUAAUCGGCUAAUGUGGCUAACUAAAGUGUGACCACGUGA